UCUGAGACACCGGAAGUACUCGUCGGUUUUGGUGACGCUGCAUUAGACUGGAAGACAUGGACCGGCUUAGGGUGUUCGAGGGGUUCCUCUUGUGUCUGGCUCUCGCCGGAGUUCGGGCGCUCACCCCGGCUCACCACCUCUCCCUGGCCGACGUGGCCCGGCUGCAGAGCCUCCUGAGCCCGCAGUUCACCGACCUGGAGUCCGCCUACCACUCGGUGGUCGGGCUGACCAAGCUGGGAGCGGCUGUUCCUGAUCAUGAUCAAGUUUGUCAGUUCCUGAAAUCCCAGCUGGAUCCCAUGAGCGUGGACUCGAUCUUCUUUGCUGCUGAGACCAGUCAGGCCAUUUCAGGAUGUGAGAUCCCUGUGUCCAAUGAAACCCGUGACAUCCUCCUGGCAGCAGUUAGUGAAGACUCCACCAUGACUCAGAUCCAUCGUGCUGUGAGUGCACUCAGCUCUUUGGGACUCCCCGUGGCCUCUCAGGAGGUCGUAGGUGCCCUGGCAGGUCGCAUCAACAAGGAGGACAAUGUUAUGGCCAUCACCUUAGCUCUGCAAACCGCCGCUCGCCUCUCCCAGCAGGCCGAGCUCGGGGGAAUACUGGAGGAAAUUGAGGAUCUGACGGCUCGUUUGGAUGACCUCGGUGGAAUCUACCUCCAGUUUGAAGAGGGACUUGAGGCAACUGCCAUGUUUGUGACUGCUGCUUACUCCCUGUCAGAUCAUGUGGACAUGGAGCCCCCCCUCAAGGAGGAACAGGUCAUUCAGCUGGUGAAUUCCAUCUUCAGCAAGAAAUCCUGGGACUCUCUGGCCGAGGCUUUCAGCGUGGCGAGCGCCGCUGCUGCUCUGUCCAGCAACCGCUUCCAUGUGCCGGUCAUCGUCAGUGCUCAGGGCCCAGCCACAGUGUCCCACAGCCAGCCAACCCUGCAGCUCCUUGUUACUGAUGUCAUGUCUCAACCUCUGACUACAGCCAAUGUGCUGGUGGAAUCUGCGUAUGCUGUGGCCUCUAAGAGCAUCAUCCUCAACCAAGCACCCUUCACCCUUAAUGAUGGCGUCUUUGAAUUGAACUUCAUGUCCACCCAGCCCGCCAGUGGAUAUUACCAGUUUACCAUUGCAGUAACUGGGGAUACCCGACUGGUGGCCAAUCACGUCGAGCUGAAAGUAAAGGUGUCCACUGAGGUGGCCAUUACUAGCAUGGACCUCUCUGUGGUGGACAAGGACCAGAGCAUCGGCACAAAGACCGUCAGAGUGGACUAUCCCUCCAAAGCCAAGAGCUCAUUCACCGCCGACGGCCACCAGAACUUUGCCAUGACCUUCCAGCUGGUUGACGUCAACACUGGAGUGGAGCUCACCCCUCACCAGACUUUUGUUCGACUGCACAAUCAGAAAACUGGCCAGGAGGUCAUUUUUGUGGCUGAACCCGACAGCAAGAACCUGUACAAGUUUGAGUUGGACACAGCGGAGCGCAAAUCUGAGUUUGACUCUAUCUCUGGAAUCUAUUCCCUCCAUCUCAUGGUUGGGGACGCAACCUUGGAGAAUCCCAUCUUGUGGAAUGUGGCUGAUGUUGUUCUGAAGUUUGUGGAUGAAGAAGCCCCAGAAACCAUUCAGUCCAAGACCCUCUAUGUGCCCAAACCAGAGAUCCAGCACUUAUUCAGAGAACCGGAGAAGAAGCCUCCCACCGUGGUCUCAAACGCCUUCACCGCACUCGUCCUGUCUCCUUUACUGCUUCUGCUGAUCCUGUGGUUUAAGCUCGGAGCCAACAUCUCCAACUUCAGCUUCACUCCCAGCACCGUUCUGUUCCAUGUAGGACACGCAGCCUUGCUGGGUCUCAUGUACGUCUACUGGACCCACCUGAACAUGUUCCAGACCCUGAAGUACCUGGCGAUUAUUGGUGGCGUUACUUUCCUCGCAGGGAACCGCAUGCUGGCGCAGAAGGCAGUGAAGAGAAUUGAGAAAAAAUAACUUCCAGAAAAAUAAAAAAGAAGACACUGACGAAGAUAAUAUUUGAUUUCCAAGGAGUUGUUCAACAAAAUCAGACUUAAGAUGCGGCACAGCAGUCCAAUCACAAGUUAAAACAUGCAGUUUGUCUGUGUUGCCAAACAGAAGAAUUUGAGACACAACGGCGUCUCUGAGGACACACGCUCACCGACAGAUUCUCCCACUGAGGACUGUUAAGCUACUGAUCAUUGCACUUCCUCUUCCUGUGAGAUUUGUUUUCUUAUUGUCCAACAUACCAGAGUUUUCUACAUGAGCUUUUUUAUUUUUAAGGGUUUUUUCUUCAUUGAAUUUGGGUUCAUCUGUGUGCUUUUUUUUGUACAUUCCUCUUUUUUUUGUCGCUCAGUGCCCAUUUCACCUAACUGCAGUUCAUUCAAUGUGUUUUUGCUGAUUUACACACUGGCAACAGCACUGAUACUUGGAUCGUUACUAACUUUGCCUCUGUGUAUGCCUGUUUGCUGGAUCAGACGUGUCGGAGGAGCUGUAGUGUCCUGUUUGAUACUGAGUUGAUGUCCCCCAGAAAAAAAAUGUUAAUAAAAAAACGGGCAAUUCGAGGAUGUGAUGUUUUUGUAAUGAUGAUGAGGAGGAAAUAAAGAAAUUGAGGUGAAUCAAA